GCCCCGCCCCCGCGGCCCCGGACCGGAAGCGGCCGCGCGGGGGCUGCUGGGAGACGCGGCUCGCGAGCGGUUCUGCGUCGGCCGCCGACUGCCAAGCGGCCGCGGCUCCGGAGCAGGAGGAAACCCUAAGAAGAGUGCAGGACAGCUCCCCGAGGCCUCCUUCCAUCCGUGGCUUUCUUUCCUUGAAGUAAUACAUCAGGAUGUCUGCACAGUCAGGGGAAGAAGAUUCCAUACUUAUCAUCCCAACUGCAGAUGAAGAGGAGAAAAUCCUGAGAGUGAAGCUGGAGGAGGAUCCUGAUGUUGACGAGGGAUCAAGUAUUCCCUGGAACCAUCUCCCCGGCCCGGAGGUGUUCCGGCAGCGGUUCCGGCAGUUUGGAUACCAGGAUUCCCCUGGGCCCCGAGAAGCUGUGAGCCAGCUUCGAGAACUUUGCCGCCUUUGGCUUAGGCCAGAGGCACACACGAAAGAACAAAUCUUAGAGCUGGUAGUACUGGAGCAGUUUGUGGCCAUCCUGCCCAAGGAGCUGCAGACUUGGGUUCGAGAGCAUCAUCCGGAGAAUGGAGAGGAAGCAGUGACAGUGCUGGAGGACUUAGAAAGUGAACUCGAUGACCCUGGACAGCCGGUUUCUCUACGUCGACGGAAACGGGAAGUGCUUGUAGAGGAGAUAGUUUCUCAGGAAGAAGCUCAGGGAUUACCAAAUUCUGAGCUUGAUGCUGUGGAAAACCAGCUCAAGUGGGCAUCGUGGGAGCUCCACUCUCUACGGCACUGUGAGGAUGAUGCCAGGACUGAAAAUGGAGCAUUAGCUCCAAAACAAGAGAUUUCUUCAGCUGUAGAAUCUCAGGAAGUUCCUGGGACGCUCAAUAUAGAUGUUCCUCAAAUUUUCAAAUAUGGAGAAACCUGUUUCCCCAAGGGAAGGUUUGAAAGAAAGAGAAAUCCCUCUCGAAAGAAACAACAUAUAUGUGAUGAAUGUGGAAAACACUUCAGUCAGGGCUCAGCCCUUAUUCUUCAUCAAAGGAUCCACAGUGGGGAGAAACCCUAUGGAUGUGUUGAAUGUGGAAAAGCAUUCAGCAGAAGCUCCAUUCUCGUGCAGCAUCAGAGAGUACACACUGGAGAAAAACCUUACAAAUGCCUUGAAUGUGGAAAAGCCUUUAGCCAGAAUUCUGGGCUUAUUAAUCACCAGAGAAUCCAUACUGGGGAGAAACCAUAUGAAUGUGUUCAGUGCGGGAAAUCGUAUAGUCAGAGCUCAAAUCUUUUUAGACAUCAGCGAAGACACAAUGCUGAAAAACUCCUAAAUGUUGUGAAAGUGUAAGCAAUUACAAGAAAAAUCAGCACUCAGGUUUUUUUCUUUAGAAAUGAAGACAAAAUUUAAAACAAAUUAUUCAUAAUGGUUUUGUUUCCCUAUAGACUGCUAGAAAAUCCAAUGGGGAACGUAAGAACUUGUCACUGACCAUUAUUAUUUUGUCUGGAAAGGAAUAGUGUCAUAUCCUAGAAGCUGAAAUUUUAAACUGAAUUCAGGUAUUGAUACCUAAAUCUUCUAUGUGAUGUUUAUAUUAUUUUUUCCAAAUAA